AAGACCAAGGAGGUCAUCGUUGACUUCAGGAAGCACCGGUCCAGCCACACUUCACUCUUCAUCAACGGCACAGCGGUGGAGAUGACGUCUGUGAAGAACAUCUUCUCCCUGAGCAACAGAAGUGGAGCUUCAGGAUGGAGCCACAGCCCUCCCACAUUAAAAAGGAAAAGAAACACCCACUGAUCCCCCAUUUUAAAGCGGAAGAGGAUGACCCACUGACCACUCACAUCAAAGAGGAAGAGGAGGACUCAUUGACCCCCAAUUUUAAAAAGGAAGAGGAGAAGCCACUAAUAACCCAUUUUAAAGAGGAAGAGGGGGACCCACUGACACCCCAUUUUAAAAAGGAAGCGGUGGAUCCACUGAGCCCUCACAUUAGAGAGGAAGAGGAGGAAGAGGGCAUCAGUGAGCCUAAAUGGUUGGAGGAGUUCCCAGUGACUGGUGUCCCUGUGAAGAGUGAAGAUGAUGAGGUGAAAGGUGAAAGUGAGGAGAGGGGAGGGGGGGAGCCUCCAAGCAGCAGCUCAACACAACACAUGACAACAGAAGCUGAUGGAGACCACUGUGGAGGAUCACAAGCAGACAAGCUCUUAGCUCCACUAUCAGAUAGUGAGGACACAACGUCACACUCUCCUGACACUGAUGAUGAAGACUCUAAAGAUGAUAAGACAUGUCACACUGACAACACUCACUUCACAUCUUCUCACUCUCACAAAACUUUUAAAUACCAUUGUCGUCUGAAAACACACAUGAGAAUACACACUGGAGAAAAACUUUUUUCAUGUUCAAACUGCGGUAAACAUUUUACUCAGAGGCCAGAUUUAAAAGUACACAUGAGAACACACACUGGAGAAAAACCUUUUUCAUGUUCUAUCAGUGGUAAAGAUUUUACUCAGAGGCCACAUUUGAAAGUACACGUGAGAACACACACUGGAGAAAAACCUUUUACAUGUUCAGUAUGUUGUAAAAGUUUUUUACAAAGUCAGCAUUUGAAAAGACACAUGAGAAGACACCCAGGAGAGAAAGUGUUGAGUUGCAGUGUGUGUGGUGAAAGAUUGUCUUCUAAGUACCAGUGUAAGAAACACAAGUGUGCUGGUGAGAACAGCAGCAGCAAAUGAAACUGCAGGAUUUGAAAUAAACUGUCAAGACUUUAACUUUGACCUUCUAAAAACAUCAGCACAUAGUUUCUAAGAUUUAUAGAUGAGGUAUUUUAGAUUAUUGCCUUUUUUCAGUCAAGUACUACACAUGACAAGUGUUUUUUAAAGUUGUUCAUGAUUUAUCCCCCUUUUUUAGAAUUCCUCAAACAUUAUCAAUUUCAGAAAACAUGGGAACGUUUGGAAUGUUUGGGAAAAGUUAAUUAUGUACAUCAUCCCACAGAGCUUUACUGUACAUCCAUCCAUUUGUUCUACCACUUGUCUCUUUCAUUUCGUAUGUAUAGCAUUUAAUCACAUACUUGUCCGCCAAAGGGUGUUGCGUUUUGGAGGAACUCCUUCUGUCAGAGUGCUGUUCACACUUCUUUUACUGCGGAAAUCUACUCACAAAAACAAUCCAAACAGUAGGUAACAAAAAACGAUGGUGCGAAAAAGAGAAGACUAAAUGUGCAUUUUGGAAAAAAUAACAAAAGCUACUUCUAUACACAAAUAAAGUCAACUUGGUUUGGAGUUACAAGACGUGCACACUACAAAACAACACCAAGAUGGAUGGCACUGGGAAUGGCCAAGGUAGCAAAAUACUCAAAGCAUGGAAUCAACUGGCGUGUAGUGGAAUCGCCGAGUGCCAUCCAGCUGUCAAGGUGCUGCUUAAGUAGCACCAGGGUCAAUUGGAAGCAGCUGUGCACGUCCCACAACUCCGCCCACAAAGGCAACACAGGAACUCUAGGAGGAAGGAGAAAUGUAAGAACAAGGUCAACUGCACCAAAAGACGAAAACUGACUGUUGGAGCCAAAUUUCCUUAUUUGCUUGUAUUGUUUUUAUUUUGCUUUCUCUGAUUGAUAGCUGGCUUCAGUUCAUGCUGAAUUUCCCUUUCUGCAGAUUGCUCCGCCCACUUCCUGUUGAGAACCAGGAAGUGUUGACAGGGUUGGGACUGUUGCUAUGGUGUGGUUGCCAUGGUAGCCUCCUUUAAUUGUGUUCAGCUGGGAACACUGGGGGGUGAUUGCAUGGAGGACAAACAGUUUUGGAGCGUGUGGUGUGGUGUGUGGUCAGGUCUCACUGCUGUGACAAUGUGCCAUUCAAGGUCAGCAUACAUAAUGUUCUAGAACCUACUUUUCAUUUCAUUUUGAUAGCUUGGAAUAAAGGGAUUGUCAUAUCCAAACACAUUUCUA